GCAAAAGCUCCCGUCAGGUUCAGGAGGUACGCAGGGAGACCUUGCUCUUGUGAAGGAAGGCACAAGGAAGACUUCUAAAACAUUAAUAGUUAAAAAAAAAAACACAAAUACGAACGGGGACCGUAGCGGAAUGCAAAGGAAACGAAGUUGAGCAGAGGACCUGGUGUGAAAAUGUCCGAGCGCUUCUCCGUAGCCGGACCGGUGGCUCUGACGGCGGACUGAGCGGGUGGAAAGGCUGGAUGUGGAGGGCUCAUUGUAUCCCCGUGAAUGAAAAGACACCAGCAGUUCGCUCCCGAGGGGAAAAACGACAAGAACAUGGCUGACAGAACCGCUCCGACCUGUCAGCUGCGGCUUGAAUGGGUUUACGGCUAUCGGGGACACCAGUGCCGCAACAACCUGUACUACACGGCGGCGGGUGAAAUAGUGUAUUUCGUAGCCGGUGUAGGAGUUGUGUACAAUACACGGGAGCACAAGCAGAAAUUCUACCUGGGCCAUACCGACGACAUAAUCAGCUUGGCCCUGCACCCAGAACGAGUAUUUGUAGCCACUGGACAGGUGGGGAAAGAACCAUAUAUCUGUGUGUGGGACUCCUCAACCAUCCAGACGGUGUCCAUCCUGAAGGAGGUGCACACACACGGCAUCGCCUGUCUCGCCUUUGACCUCGACGGACAAUGUCUGGUGUCUGUGGGUCUUGACUCCAAGAACACAAUUUGUGUGUGGGACUGGAAGAAAGGGGUCACAUUAGCUACUGCCCCUGGUCACACAGACAGGAUAUUUGACAUAUCCUGGGACCUGUUUCAGCAGAGCAAGCUUGUGAGCUGUGGAGUCAAACAUAUUAAGUUCUGGAGUUUGUGUGGGAACUCUCUGACCCCCAAGCGCGGCAUGUUUGGGCGGAUGGGCGAGCUGCAGACCAUUCUGUGUGUAGCCUGCGCCAGAGAAGAGGUCACCUACUCGGGGGCCUUGAACGGAGACAUCUAUGUCUGGAAGGGCAUCAACCUGAUGCGCACCAUCCAGGGGGCACACUUGUCAGGGAUAUUCAGCAUGAACGCGUGUGAAGAGGGCUUUGCCACGGGUGGCAGGGACGGCUGCGUGCGUCUGUGGGACCUGAACUUCAAACCCAUCACUGUCAUCGACCUCAGGGAAACAGACCAGGGCUAUAAAGGGUUAUCGGUGCGCAGUGUGUGUUGGAGUGGCGAUCAUAUCCUGGUGGGGACUCAGGACAGUGAGAUCUUUGAGGUGGUGGUCCAUGAGAGGAACAAGCCCUUCCUCAUCAUGCAGGGCCACUGUGAGGGCGAGCUGUGGGCCCUGGCCAUCCACCCCACCAAGCCCCUCGCCAUGACAGGCAGUGACGAUCGCUCCGUCCGAAUUUGGAGCCUGGUGGACCAUGCGAUGAUAGCACGUUGCAACAUGGAGGAGCCUAUCCGCUGCGCGGCAGUCAGCCAUGAUGGCCUCAACCUGGCGCUGGGCAUGAAAGACGGCUCUUUCACUGUGUUGAGAGUCAGGGACCUGACGGAGGUGGUGCACAUCAAAGACCGCAAGGAGGCCAUCCACGAGCUGAAGUACUCCCCAGAUGGCGCGCACCUGGCCGUGGGCUCCAACGACAGCACCGUGGACAUCUACGGCGUGGUGCAGCGCUACAAGAAGGUGGGAGAGUGCGUGGCCUCCACCAGCUUCAUCACGCAUAUGGACUGGUCCACUGACAGCAAGUUCCUGCAGACCAACGAUGGCAAUGGAAUAAGGCUCUUCUACAGAAUGCCCAGUGGGAAGGAGGUGACUAACACGGAAGAGAUAAAGAAAGUCCAGUGGGCCACCUGGACUUGUGUGCUCGGCCCAGAAGUGAAUGGGAUCUGGCCCAAAUACUCCAACUUUAGCAACAUUAAUGCCGUAGAUGCCAACUUCAACAAUCAAGUUUUAGUAACAGCCGACGACUAUGGAUUAGUUAAAUUAGUUCGAUAUCCCUGCAUAAGAAAAGGUGCGAAGUUCAAAAAAUACUUUGGGCACUCUGCACACAUAACCAAUGUUAGGUGGUCACAUGAUCACCAGUGGGUGGUAACUAUUGGUGGAGCUGACCAUUCUGUGUUCCAGUGGAAAUUUAUACCUGAAAAGAAGACAAAAGAAACCCUCGCCAUUGCACCACAAGAGAUGCUGGUAGACUCGAACAGCGAGGAGUCAGACUCUGACCAGUCUGACGUGCCUGAGAUGGACUCUGAGAUUGAGCAGGAAAUGCAGCUUACAUACCGGCGACAGGUUUACAAAGAAGACCUACCUCAUCUGAAAGAGCAGCGCAAGGAGAAGCACCGGGUGGCGGCCGACAAGAAGAGAGCGAAAGGUCCAGCCAGCAGAGUGAGGCUGCACUUCAUCCAUGGUUACCGUGGCCACGACUGCAGGAGCAACCUGUUCUACACGCAGACGGGGGAGAUCGUGUACCACGUGGCUGCGGUGGGGGUGGUGUACAACAGGCAGCAGAACACGCAGCACUUCUACCUGGGCCACAACGACGACAUCCUCUGCCUAGGCAUCCACCCGCUGAAAGACUACGUCGCCACAGGCCAAGUGGGUAGAGACUCCUCCAUACACAUCUGGGAAACGGAAUUUCUGACGCCACUGUCGGUUCUUAAAGGAUGCCACCAGCUGGGAGUAUGUGCACUCGACUUCUCAGCGGAUGGAAAGCGUCUGGCCUCUGUGGGGCUCGACGACAAUCACACCAUCGUGCUCUGGGACUGGAGGAAGGGAGAGAAGCUGUCAGCCUUCCGGGGGAGCAAAGACAGAGUAUUUAUAGUUAAAAUCAAUCCACACAUGCCUGACAAGCUUAUUACUGCUGGUGUGAAGCAUAUUAAGUUCUGGCAGAAAGCAGGAGGAGGUCUGAUAGGGAAGAAGGGAAGCAUGGGGAAGACGGAGACCAUGAUGUGUGCGGUGUACGGAUGGACAGAGGAGACCGUGUUCUCUGGAACGUCCAGCGGCGACAUCUGCAUCUGGAGGGACAUGUUGAUGGUGAAGAAGGUCAAAGCACACGAUGGGCCAGUCUUCAGCAUGUAUGCCCUGGAGAAGGGGUUUGUGACUGGUGGAAAGGACGGCCUAGUCGCAUUGUGGGAUGACGCUUUUGAGAGAUGCCUGAAGACUUACGUGAUCAAGAGAGCCGUCCUCGCCCCAGGAUCCAAAGGGUUAUUACUGGAGGACAACCCUUCUAUUCGUGCCAUAUCUCUGGGUCACGGUCACAUGCUCGUAGGGACGAAGAAUGGCGAGAUCCUGGAGGUGGAUAAGAGUGGGCCCAUCACACUUCUAGUUCAGGGUCACAUGGAGGGAGAGGUGUGGGGUCUGGCCACCCACCCUCACCUGCCUCUCUGUGCCACCGUGAGCAAUGACAAGACCCUACGCAUCUGGGACCUCUCACCCAGUCACUGCAUGCUCGCCGUACGCAAGCUCAAGAAAGGUGGUAGGAGCUGCUGUUUCUCUCCGGACGGCAAGGCGCUGGCGCUGGGCCUGCAGGAUGGCAGCUUCCUCGUAGUUAACGCAGACACGCUGGAGGACCUGGUGUCGUUCCACCACCGCAAGGACGUCAUCUCUGACAUCCGCUUCUCCCCCGGUGCAGGGAAGUAUUUGGCAGUAGCAUCUGGUGACGGAUUUGUGGACAUAUACAACAUGAUGAACAGCAAGAGGGUGGGUGUGUGCAAAGGGUCCAUGAACUACAUCACGCACCUGGACUGGGACACACGAGGGAAGCUUUUGCAGGUCAAUACUGCGGGGAAAGAGCAGCUAUUUUUCGAGGCCCCUCGUGGGAAGCAGCAUACCAUUCCCGCUACAGAGGUGGAGAAGAUAGAGUGGAGCACGUGGACGUGCGUGCUGGGGACCUCAUGCGACGGCAUCUGGCCGGUGGUCAGUGACAUCACCGACGUAACGAGCGCGUGUCUCAGCAACGACAGGCAGAUUCUAGCAACAGGUGAUGACCUGGGCUACCUGAAGCUCUUCAACUAUCCUGCCAAGGGAACGUAUGCCAAGUUCAAGCGCUAUGUGGCCCACAGUACACAUGUGACCAACGUACGCUGGUCGCACGACGACUCUCUGCUGGUGACUGUGGGAGGAGCCGACACCUCUCUGAUGAUCUGGAGCCAUGAAGCCGAUGGCCCUCGGGAGGGGUGGCCAUAUGACAGCGAGGAGUCUGAUGUUGAGAGUGAGGACGAUGGAGGGUACGAUAGUGAUGUGACUCGUGAAAAUGAGACCAGCCAUGUCAUCAAGACCUUGUCGAGCAACAUGCGACCCAUGACAGGGGUCAAGCCCCAUCUACAGCAGAAGGAGCCAACAGUUGAUGAAAGGCAGGGUGUAGUCAGAGGUUCGAGACCCUCAGUGAGCAGGGCCCUACCGUUGCCAGAUAAACUGCAAACCAACAACGUGGGAAAGAAGAAGAGACCCAUUGAGGAACUGGUGCUAGAGGUGGUGUUUGGUUACCGUAGCAAAGAUUGCCGAAACAACUUGCAUUACCUGAAUGAUGGGGCCGAUAUCAUCUACCACGCGGCUUCGGUGGGGGUGGUGCAUAACUUGACCACAGCAUGCCAGAGUUUCUAUGUAGAGCACAGUGAUGACAUUCUGUGCCUCACUGUUAAUCAGCACCCCAAGUUCCCCAAUGUGGUCGCAUCUGGCCAAGUAGGUGAUGCUGCUGAUAUGUCAGCAUCGUGCCCGUCCAUCCACGUGUGGGAUGCCAUGUCGAAGCAGACGCUCUCUGUGCUGCGGUGCGCCCACUCGUGUGGCGUCUGCUCCGUCAGCUUCAGCGCCACGGGCAAGCUGCUCCUUUCCGUGGGCCUCGACGCCGAGCACACCAUCACCAUCUGGAAGUGGCAGGAAGGCAUCAAGGUGGCCAGCUGCAUGGGCCAUGCCCGGCGCAUCUUUGUGGCCGAGUUCCGGCCCGACUCGGACACGCAGUUCGUGUCGGUGGGAAUUAAGCACGUGCGGUUCUGGAUGCUGGCGGGUCAGGGGUUGCUCAGCAAGAAGGGCACGCUCAGCACCCUCGAGGACGCACGCAUGCAGACCAUGCUUUCCGUGGCAUUUGGAGCUAAUAACUUGACAUUUACAGGUACCAUUAGUGGAGAUGUGUGUGUGUGGAAGGAACACGUUCUAGUGCGAAUUGUUGCCAAGGCACACAGUGGACCCGUUUUCACCAUGUAUACCACACUGCGAGAUGGCCUUAUCGUCACGGGGGGCAAGGAACGCCCGUCGAAGGAGGGUGGUGCACUGAAGUUGUGGGAUCAGGAGAUGACACGCUGCAGGGCUUUCAGACUGGAGACUCGUCAGAGCAUAGACUGUGUGCGCUCCGUCUGCAGGGCCAAGGGCAAGAUCCUGGUGGGCACACGGAACGCUGAGAUCAUCGAGGUCGGUGAGAAAAGUGCAGCGUGCAACAUCCUGAUUAACGGCCACAUGGACGGCCCCAUCUGGGGUUUGGCGGCUCACCCCACGCGAGACCUGUUCCUGUCUGCUGCCGAGGACGGCACAGUGCGGCUCUGGGACAUUCCAAAUAGGAAGAUGGUGAAUAAGGUAAGCCUAGGCCACCCAGCACAUGCGGUCAGCUACAGCCCCGAGGGCGACAUGGUCGCCAUCGGGAUGAAGAAUGGCGAAUUCAUCAUCCUCCUCGUCACCUCGCUCAAGAUCUGGGGCAAGAAGAGAGAUCGCCACUCUGCCAUCCAGGACAUCAGAUUCAGUCCAGAUGCCCAGUACCUUGCUGUGGGAUCCAGUGAGAAUGCGGUGGACUUCUACGACCUGACGCUGGGGCCGCAGCUCAACCGCGUUAACUGCUGCCGAGACAUCUCCAGCUUCGUCAUUCAGAUGGACUUCUCUGCUGACAGCUGCUACAUACAGCUGUCCACGGGUGCUUACAAACGCCUCCUUUAUGAAGUGCCUACUGGGAAGCAGGUUACAGAGCCAGCUGUCAUAGACAAAAUCACCUGGGCCACUUGGACGAGUAUGCUCGGGGAUGAGGUGGUGGGCAUCUGGUCCCGUAACUCCGAUAAAGCCGACGUAACGUGCGCCUGUGUCUCCCAUUCCGGCCUCAACCUUGCCACAGGCGAUGACUUUGGAAUGGUGAAGCUGUUCGACUUUCCAUGUCCAGAGAAGUUUGCCAAACACAAACGCUACUUGGGCCACUCAGCCCAUGUGGCCAACAUCCGCUUCACUAACGGGGACCAUUACGUUGUCAGCGCUGGAGGCGACGAUAGAAGCCUCUUUGUAUGGAAGUGCGUCCACGCUCCCUAGGUGGGUUGCAGUGCCACCGUGUGGCCCAGGCGGCCGCUUCCGCUCUGCGGCUCUACGGGCUACUGGGCUCAGUGGAGAGCCCAGCGCUACACUGCUUGAAGAGGACAAGAGAUGGCGGCAGGCACUCCCGUCAGAGGUUAAACCCUGAACUUUAGACAGCAGGGCGCAUGCACUGGAAUGACACCCCUGCUAACAUCCAUACCUGAACCCUACUGUAAUGUCCUCUGUCUAAAUGACACUGAACUCUGGGAACGUGGACAGAGGAGGUUUCCAUCCCCAUAUGCAUCUGAGAGGUUUGAAGUAAAUGUUUCACCCACUCCCCUUUUACAUUUGCCCUUAAUUUUAAGAUGGAAUGUGCUUUUAUUUGGAGUACAUUUUGCAUAAUUGUUUGAGUUCCUUCCAGUCAAAAGAUGAACAAAUGUGUAGCAAGCAAAAUAAGAUUAGCGUUAAAAUAUCCAAUGAGUGUUCUUUUGGGCGAAGGCUGAACUCCUCAUUUUUAUGAUAUAUAUUGCUUAAAAAAACGA